AAGGAAUAAAAAGGGCGAAAAAAACGGCAAAGGACUGCGACAUUUCUCAAUGAAGGUCUGUGAGAAGGUGCAGCAGAAAGGAACAACUACCUACAAUGAGGUGGCAGAUGAGCUCGUGGCAGAAUUCAGUAACACCAAUAACCAGGAAUCUGGCUCUGAUGAAGGUUAUGAUCAGAAGAAUAUAAGACGUCGUGUAUAUGAUGCCUUGAAUGUGCUCAUGGCAAUGAAUAUCAUCUCCAAAGAGAAGAAGGAAAUCAAGUGGAUAGGACUUCCCACAAACUCAGCUCAAGAGUGCCAGAAUCUAGAGAUGGAGAAACGAAAGAAAAUGGAAAUGAUUAAACAGAAGCAAUCACAACUUAAGGAGUUGCUGCUGCAGCAAAUUGCCUUUAAGAACCUGGUUCAGCGAAAUCGCCUUGUAGAACAACAGUCUGGGAGGGUUCCUCCUCCUAAUACUGCAAUUCAACUGCCCUUCAUUUUAGUCAACACCAGCAAAAAAACAAUCAUAGACUGCAGCAUCUCUCCUGACAAGUUUGAAUAUUUUUUUAAUUUUGAUAAUACAUUUGAAAUCCAUGAUGACAUUGAAAUUCUUAAGAGAAUGCGAAUGGCUUUUGGAUUGGAGUCUGGUGGCUGUUCUGCUGAUGAGUUGAAGAUGGCUAAGAGUCUAGUACCCCACGUACUGGAACCAUAUGUCAUAGAAAUGGCGAAAGUAGUGCAAAAUGUUAACUCAGGCCCAAGUUCAGUAGCAGCGUCUACAUCUUCGACAAGCUUCCAAUCUAGCAGAGCGUUUGGUGCCAGUGAUGAAAUAGCCUUACCAACUGAUACCGAAGUGGCCUUAGUGACCAGUCAAGCACAAGGAAGUUUCAAUGGUACACAUUGUUCUGAUCCCAGAAUGGAAACUCCUACGUCCUAUAUUGAAGAUGAUGAUGAUGACGACGAAGAGGAGUAUGAAUGAAUUAAUAAUCAUUCUGCAUUUCUUCCUGUUUUCUGUUGCUUAAAAUGGCAUCUCUGGAAAGAACUGUCUCUUGAGGCAGAGACUUUAAAGAAUUGUUAUUUGACUUGUGAGGGGUUUAACUUAAUUCUAUUCUCUUCUAAUUUAAACAUCAAAAACUUUGAAUACCGGACUGUAGAGAGAACUUUUCUGAAUUUACGAGCAACAGUUGAAAUUUUAAAGAAGUUUUUGCUUCUCUGUUGAGGAUCUACAAUGUGUUUUCUAAUUGCACCAAGUGCAGCUAUAAAAAGCUACUGUUUGUUCAAUUAUAUCAUAGGGCACUAUCACAGUAACAUCUCUGGCUUCACUGCCUGAUACUGAUGUUUACAUGUUGUGAUUUUGCUAUUCUCAGCUGAGCUGGUGUAGCACUUUACAGAUAUGUCCCAUUUCAGGGGCAAAAGAAGUGGAGUUGUUAUCUCCUCCUGCUACAAAUUUGUGUGCUGUUGAUCACCAAAAGGCAUUGAAAGUGGUCACAGAUGGGUCAGUGAUUUGUCGUAUCUCAUCAGCUCAGAGAUGAUGUUUUGAAGAAAUAGUUGGGCGAACUAAUAAGAAGGGGUUUAAAAAAAUGCUAGUGCAGCAAAAAAAAUCUGUUUGAAGUGUUAUAUGUAAUUUUAAAGCUUUUUGCUGCUGCCAGAAAACUUUGUAAAAGGCAAUCUGUGAUUGGUGUAAUAGAAUUCCUGGUACUAGGUCAAAUACACAGUGCACCAUAUAGUUCAAUUUAGUAUGCUUCUGAAACAGCAGUAAUGUAUGAAGUACUUCUUAAAGUUUGACUUCACCUUUUCAACCACAAAUAUAGUGGUAUAUUCACUGAUCAGAUGCAGAUCUUUUUACCCAUCUUAUCUUUGUAACCACCUACAAAUAAAUACUGAACAAAGCCUGUUGUGGAAUCAACAGUUUUUAUUAAACACAUUCUUAAUUUAAAGAACUCUCUUGCUGACCCUUGGGAUUUUAAAACUUUUUGCAGUGUGUAUACAAAUGCUUAGUUUUCUGCAGCUAAGCUAAAAGCUUAAUAUUUUACACUGUGGUAUUUCUAGGCUUACGACCUGUACAGGUUUAUUUUGGAGUGAAAUUGCUUUCGUAGUAUAGCAACAUUUGUCGGUUUAAUGCACCUAGCUUUCUGAUCCUCCACUCAAUUUGAUAAUUUGCGCCACUUUUCCUCCGUAUGGCUAAUUCCAGACUCUCUGCUACAUGCUGUUGGAGGAUCAGGGUUAGGCUGGGCUGUGCAACAGGGUGAAAGGAAAGCACGUGAAACACUUGUAUAGCUGCACUUCUUAUUAGAAAGGGAAAAAGCUUUGUUUCUUCAAUUGGAUAUAGAUAUGGGAUGAAUGUCCAAUGUAGGUCUGACUUCCUAAACGGAUAAUGAAGCAUUGGAGAUCUUUGCCCAGUACUAUGUAGUUGAUUUAUUUUUAUUGCUGAAGUGGUUUGCUGAAUUGUUUCCCAUUACUGAAGAAUUCAUCGUGGAAAGCUGGCAUUUCCUAUCUCUCUGUUGGAAGCAUGCUUCCUGUUAAGUCUACAACUUGGAUCAGUUGUAUUUCCUCGUUUAUAUGGGUGCCUUCAGAAAGCCAGCUGGAAAGAAAAAGGGGGCAAAAAGGUUUGCCAUCAAGCAUGCGAUUUCUUGGAUUUAUUUAAAUGCAGUUAGAGUAAAGAAAAUGGAAUCAAGUUAUGAAGAAUCCCUCAGAAGUUUGCUUUUGCCCUGUUGACUACAAGCAAAAGUGUUUUCAUGUAUAGUUUUGUUAUUCAAAACACUUCCUUGUCCAUCACACCUAUCGUCUCCUGAAAACACAUGGGGUGCAGCAACUUUGUACCCUUUUCAUCGUGUCUCUCCUUUUCAUGUUUAUUUAAUUCACUGUUUGGAGCAAUACAAAUUGACUUCAUUACUUGCUGUUUGUUAAUCUAACAAUAGGGUGAAACUUUUCAUCCUCAUAAGCAGUGCAUUUUAUAAAAGAAAAUUAUCGGUAAGAUCAAAUAUCUGAAUAUUUGGAUUUGAAGUGAAACUUAAGCUUGUGUGUGUGCGUGCGUGUGUGUGUCUCUCUCUCUCUCUCUCUCCCAGGUUUGUGAUUGAGCAUUUGGAUUGAAUAAAACAUAGGAACUGUGGCCCCAUGGUAAUCUAAUAAACUAAGUCUGUAUCUUGAUUCUUAAAUUGAUUUUAGGGAAGUUUCCUGAAGCAACUUUUUGAGGAGCUUUGUAAAUUUUCAGAAACUUGUUCACAGAAUUUUCUAUAAACACUAGGUCGAUUUGUAGACCCAUCUUGAAUAUAAAGAGAAGGCAAUAACUGGAAUAGAAAUUAUUUAAGACUGACAAGUCUCUAAAACACACUUGGAACAAAGCAAUCUGCAAUAUUAAAAAAUACAGUAUUUAAAAUUUAUGAAAUCCCGAAGGUGUAUAUUUUGUUGGCAAUAGUGUGCUUCAAUGAUGCAACAUCUUUCUUCCACGAUACAAACAAUGUAGUUACAGAUAAUCUUUUCCUACCCUAAAUACAUUUUUUGGUUGCAAAAUGAGAGUUGGGGGAAGAGAUUGUAAAUGUUGAGACAAAACCUGAUUUCUCAAUGCUGCAGUUUAAUAUCUGUAAUUCAAACAUAAUUCUGUCUACAUUGUUACAUACAAGGAUGUUUUUAGUUUCAUGACUCAUUAAAAUUUAUAAGCUUGAAAUAAAACUGUAAUCUUAUAUUUGA